UCUGCCUGUGCGUCACUUCCGGUGAGCCUAGCGGCGACAACGGCAACAUGGCUGUGAACGGCGUUGGUGAGGACUUGAGCUGCGGGGGCCUGCGGCUGCGGGGUACGGGAGGCAGCCUGCUUCGGCAAGACCCCCCGGUGCCUUGUGUCCCUCUUCCCCCAGAAGUCGACGAUUUCUCCUGGGAGCCUCCGACCGAAGCGGAAACGAAGGUGCUGCAAGCGCGACGGGAACGGCAGGAUCGCAUCUCCCGGCUUAUGGGCGACUACUUGCUGCGUGGUUACCGCAUGCUGGGCGAGACGUGCGCGGACUGCGGGACGAUUCUCCUCCAAGACAAACAGCGGAAAAUCUACUGCGUGGCAUGUCAGGAGCUCGAUUCAGACGUGGAUAAAGAUAAUCCGGCUCUGAAUGCCCAGGCCGCCCUCUCCCAAGCUCGGGAGCACCAACUCGCCUCUGCCUCAGAGCUCCCCACAGGCUCUCGGCCCACUCCUCAGCCCGCAGUACCCCGCCCAGAGCACUGUGAGGGGGCUGCAGCAGGGCUCAAGGCAGCCCAGGUCCCGCCCCCUCCUGCUGUGCCUCCAGAUGCAGAUAUCCUGACCUGCACACAGGAGGCCCUCCUGCAGAAGCUGACUUGGGCCUCAGCUGAACUGGGCUCUAGCACCUCCCUGGAGACUAGCAUCCAGCUGUGUAGCCUUAUCCGGGCUUGUGCUGAGGCCCUGCACAGCCUGCAACAGCUGCAACACUAAGAGACCCCCUCAUGAGAAAAACCCUCUAGAAAAACAGCUAUUCCUUUUGUGUG